AUGCCAGGUGUCCCUCCCGAUGCGCUCGAUCAGCUGAAAAAGGGCUUUAAGAAAUUCUUCUUGCGUAGAAAGCACAAGAACUCCGAUCAACAAGAUGCCCAGCCCGUCCCUGCUGCUGAAAACCAGCCGACCGAAACCACUGCACCUACAGUCGAGGCAACCCAAUCCUCUCCACCUCCUCCGGCCCCAGCCAGCGCUCCCGUAGCCCCGACACCCGAGCCUACCACCGCUCCGCAAAAAGUCCCUGCCACCGAAGGAGACGCUCCUCCUCCAGAACCUGCUCAAGCCCCAGCAACUACUCCGGCCCCGACCACCGAGCCUGCCGCCACUUCAAAACCUCCGACCGAGCCAACAACAGCUGAAGCACCACAAGAGCCGACGGCUAAAGAGCCGGCACCGGUGGAACCACCCACCCAAGGUAUGUGCGCCUCGGAUCGCCGAUUACGCGGAGAAGCCCAACCCGAUAAUCAUGGGAUGUUAACUGAUUAUAGCCCCAGCUCCGACUGA